AUGUUUGAGAAGGAGUCAGACGAGGAGAUAGACACAGUUGAAUACCAAUUUGCUAUCCCACCCAAGGGCCCAGUUAAGAACUUUGAUAAAAGGCAUGAUCUUAUAAGAAAGUUACUAAAUGUAUCAAUAACAGAUACUCUACUCAAGUUCAUUUUCGACACCGUGAUAUCCCUAUGCGAUCCAUUCACACAGCCAGAGGAGACAGAGGAUCAUAUUUUGGGUGUCAGCUGCAUUUCAGACUUGCUCAUUUCUCUACUGUACUCAUUCUAUGUGGAAUAUAACGACUCAAAGGAUUUGGAAAUCCAUUCCAUCAAGUUUGACAUAUCAACUAAAUUUUUCACAUUACUUCGACUCAUACACGAUUUAUUAAACGUGUCAGAUGAAUUGAAGUUGAGGUUCGUGGAUAACAGUGAAGAGAAAUGGAAAAGUUCUCUCAAGGAAUGGACCCCUAAACCAACUGUUGCCGGCGACGAGCUAAAUCUAGAGCUUUUAUAUUCCGUGGCGUGUGUUCUUGUGAUGUCUAUUCAAAAAAUGUUUACUCCAAGAGAGGGGGAAUCCAAUUUGGCAAUAAAUCCAUAUCUUCAGUAUUUGAUUGGCCUUUGGAAGUGUCACACCAACAUCAUUUUGCUAGGACUUGAAAUUGAUCGUCGCAUCGAAUUUAAUAACGAAGAAAAAAACCAGGAGGAGGAGACGCCUUCAAUAGUUGUUCAGGUUUUGAAAGGUUCGAGUUCGGUACGAAGUGUGCUCGCAUGGGUAAUAAAUCAAAAUCCAUCUCUGGCAGUUGAUGAUGGUGUCGCACAAGAAACUUCCAAAUUACCUACAUCUUCAGCAAAAGACUUGGAGAACGAGCCGAUUUUCAACUUUAUUGAGCCAUUGGCCAGAUCAGCUACCAAUGGAGGGGCAAUUCUGGUGGACAUGAGGUUGGUUAUCAUUGCUUUGUUGAUCUUGUAUUCUUCCACUUCGUUCACCAGUGAGCAGCAUCGCGAGAAUGACUCGCCUUCCAUCAACGAAGAGCAAGCAAUUAGGAAACUCAACAAAUCAAGAGGCAUAGCAGAGUUGGGUGACAUUUUGAUUGAUUUGGAGUAUUCUGAUAGAUUUGACGAGGAUAUUAAGUACAUGCUAGAGUAUGAUGUGGAGGACGAAAAUGAUGAAAAAGAUUCAAAAAGUCCACUCCAAGGUGAUUUGAACAGCAUUGCACACAACGAAAUAGCUGAGCAAGAAGCUAUAGAUAUUCAGUUUGAUGAUGAGGGUCGAGAUUGGCGAGAUAUUGCGAGAGGUGAGAACGUCCGAUUCAAUCCCAUUUUCCUUGAGAAAUUUGCCACUUAUGAUCACGGACUGGAUAAAUCCCAAUCAGAUGACCUUUUCACAACCUGGGAUGAGUUGUAUUUCACAUUUGAAUUCUUGGCUGUAUGCUCAAUUGAGGGCAGUCCUGAGGCAGAGGCCAAGAUUGGGCAGCUGGUGAUCAAUACAGUCUCUAAAGCGAUUAAAGAUGAGAUAGAAGAUAGAGAAACCACUAUAACCCCCGACUUGAUUCACAAAUACUGGUCUUCACCAGCCCUGGAGAUGGAUAUAAAAAAAGUACAGGAUAACAACAAGCUACUCAUUCCAAUUUUCGGUAUAACAAAAUUUGAACUCAUGUUACAAAGCAACUCCAAACUAGCUCGUGCAGCCAUGGACGAAAUGCUUAUGUGCAAUGGCCAUCGAAGGUUGUUGAUUUGGUUUAUUACGCAUGAUUUGAAUUUGUCAAAUCUACUAAUUGAUUACGUAUUUCAACUUGCUGUUGGACUACGAGGCAGCCCUGAAACUUCUGCACCAUACCUUUUUUCCAGACAAGGUGGUAAAGUUAUUUUGAGUGAAGUUGAACAGCUGAUGCUUUUGCAUGAGUUUUUCACCACAAGUGCCUUUUAUUUGUCUGCGAAUGAUGGUCUAGAGAUUGAUGACGGAUACGAGGUGGUGUUGGCAGAAUCGAUUGCCAAAAAGUUGAUGAUACUUCUCUGCUUGAUGAUUUCUCAAUUGAUAAAGCUAGACGUCAUCAAGAUCCGAAACAAGAACAAUAAGGACGAUAUUCACAACUAUAAUAAUGAGUUGCAGGUGCUAUUGAUUGGAUGGAUCGGAAAGCUUCCGGAGGCGAGACAAUUGUACUUUAGAAUAAAAAGUACGCAAAACGACCAGGGCCAAGGCAGUACUGAACACAGCACUCUGGUAGAUCCUUUACAAAGACAGCGUCUAUUAAAGAAGUACACUGAUAUGACAGCUACGGAUAUUGAAAGUGACAUGGAGGCGAACAAUUUAAAUGCCAGAAUCAUUGACGAGUAUGCGAAAAGAAUAGAGACAGGACUACUAGCUGUGUUGAGCAAAGGGAAAAUUGCGAAAUCAUCAACCGUUCAGGAGGACUUUAACACCUUCUUAAUCAACUUCAACACCUUAUGUAAAAUUGAGUCUUUUGCAGAGUACUUGUUUGAAAAAUUCGAGGCAGUUAUUACCUCCGGUAAUGUUGCCGAUUCUGGAAAAAGUUUGGAAUCGUCAAGGGCAGAAGAUUUGGACAUUACUUCCGAUUACGAGAUUGCAAAUGGCGAUAGAAAUCCCCCAAAUGAAACAAAAACUAAGAAGUCGGGGUCUAAAUCUAAGAGGAAGGGGAAAUCGAAAAAGAAGUCGAGAUCUGUUUAA